CGCCUGGGGCUGGACACGGAGCAGGGCAUGGAGCUGCUGUGCCUGCUGGGCGUGCUGGCCUCCUUCGGCGCCCUGGUGUGCGACCGCCUGCGCGACGCCCUCGUCUUCCUGCUGCUCUGGGCGCUCUACCUCUCGCUCUACCAGGUGGGGCAGGUGUUCCUGUACUUCCAGUGGGACAGCCUGCUCCUGGAGAUCGGCUUCCUGGCCGUGCUGGUGGCUCCGCUGCACCUGCUGAAGUGGCGCAGCACGGCCUGGCGCCCCCACGACGGGCUCCCGUUCUGGCUGAUGCGCUGGCUGCUCUUCCGGCUCAUGUUCGCCUCGGGCGUGGUGAAGCUGACCAGUCGCUGCCCCACCUGGUGGGGGCUCACAGCCCUGACCUACCACUACGAGACGCAGUGCAUCCCCACGCCAGCUGCCUGGUAUGCCCACCAGCUGCCCGUCUGGUUCCAGAAGCUCAGCGUCGUGGCCACCUACGUCAUCGAGAUCGCUGUGCCACCCCUCUUCUUCGCGCCCAUCCGCCGCCUCCGCCUCUUCGCCUUCUACUGCCAGGUCUUGCUGCAGGUGCUGAUCAUCCUCACGGGCAACUACAACUUCUUCAACCUGCUCACCAUCGUCCUGGCCUUCUCACUGCUGGACGAUGAGCACGUGGGGCUGUGGCUGGGGCGCAGCCGCAAGAGGCACGGCACCGCCUGGCCGCCAAGCCUGUCCUCCUUCCUCUCCGGGCUGGUGGAGCUCACGGUCUACGGGCUGCUGCUCUACGGGACCGUCCUGUACUUCGGCCUGGGCAUCAACUGGGAGAAGCAGCACAUUGAAUCCAAGAUCGCUUUCACCUACCAUGAGUUCAUGCAGUGGUUGAAGACCGUGAUGUUGCCUCUCAUCGGGCUGGGGCUGCUCUCCCUGGGCUGGGAGAUCCUCUCGUCCAUGUACCGGUGUGCCUGCAUCCGGGGCUUCCUGUGGAAGCUGUGGGCUGUGCUGCAGUGGGCCAUCUUCACCAUCGCCACCUUGGGGAUGUUCGGCCUCUCUCUGGUACCAUUCACCUACAUCGAGCACGAGUCAAACGGGAAGCUGUGGCCCAGCCUGCACCAGCUGUUCGGUGCCGUGGACCGCUACCAGCUGGCCAACUCGUACGGGCUCUUCCGGCGCAUGACGGGGGUGGGAGGCCGUCCCGAGGUGGUGCUGGAAGGCAGCUACGACGGGGAGCACUGGACGGAGAUCGAGUUCAUGUACAAGCCGGGGAACGUCAGCGCGGCGCCGCCCCUGGUGGCCCCCCACCAGCCCCGCCUGGACUGGCAGAUGUGGUUUGCGGCCCUGGGGCCUCACGCCCACAGCCCCUGGUUCACCAGCUUCGUGUACCGCCUGCUGCAGGGCAAGGAGGAAGUGAUCCGCCUGAUCCAGGUGGACGAGUCCAACUACCCGUUCAGCGCGCAGCCGCCCACCUACCUCCGAGCCCAGCUCUACAAGUACUGGUUCACAGAGAGCUCCAGCAAGGGGGAGCCCCCGCAGCAGUGGUGGCGGCGGCAGCACGUGGAGCAGUUCUACCCCACCGUGUCCCUGGGAGACCCCACGCUGGAUGCCCUGCUCAGCCAGUACGGGCUCAAGGACAAGUCUCCCCUGAAGCGUCCGGCGGAGGCCGAGGAGAAGGGCGAGGGCCGUGUCCGCACCACCAAGAAGUAG